AUGAAGUUCCUCUUCACCGCCACCAUUGCCACGCUGGCGAGCUUCGUUGCCGCCACGCCUACCCAAGUCGUCAAGCGUGCCAGCCCCGAGGACAAGUGUGACAUUGGGUAUGCUUCCAUUAACGGAGGUACGACUGGAGGCGCGGGUGGUACAACCACAACCGUUUCCAACCUCUCUGACCUGACCGCUGCUGUCAAGGGUGAUGCCAAGAAGAUCGUCUUGGUUUCCGGCAGUAUCAGCGGCACCGGCUCCAUCAAAGUUGGGGCGAACACGAGUCUUCUCGGAAAAUCUGGUGCCUCCAUCACCGGUGUCGGCCUCACCAUCAAGGAGGCCAACAACGUCAUCAUUCGCAACCUGAAGCUCAGCAAGGUCAAGGGCGGCGAUUGCGUGGCUGUCCAGGAGGCCAGCAACAUCUGGCUUGAUCACCUUGAUAUCAGUGGCGACCUCAGCGCCGACAAGGACUACUACGACGGCCUCCUGGACAUCACACACGCAGGCGACUACGUCACCGUCUCGAACAGCCACUUCCAUGACCACUGGAAGGCUUCGCUUGUCGGCCACUCGGACAGCAACGCCGCUGAGGACACGGGCAAGCUCCGUGUCACGUAUGCCAACAACAAGUGGACCAACAUCAACAGCCGCACGCCCUCGAUCCGCUUCGGCACCGGCCACAUCUACAACAACUACUUCGACACCAUCACCACGUCGGGCGUCAACACGCGCAUGGGUGCCAUCGUAUUCGUCGAGUCGAGCACCUUUGUCAACGCCAAGCGGGCCAUCACCUCGAUCGACUCGGACGUCGACGGCAAGGCCGCGGUCAAGGACGUCGACCUCGGCGGCUCGACCAACGACGCCCCGGCCGGCUCCCUCUCGGUCCCCUACUCCUACAGCGUCGUCGGCUCGGCCAACGCCAAGAGCAGCAACGCCAACAGCGGCGCGACCCUGUCCUUCUAA